UCCAUCAUGGCGUCUAUGCAGAAACGAUUACAAAAAGAACUAUUGGCAUUGCAAAAUGAUCCACCUCCAGGAAUGACUCUAAAUGAAAAAAGUGUACAAAAUUCAAUCACACAGUGGAUUGUAGACAUGGAAGGUGCUCCAGGAACACUAUAUGAAGGGGAGAAAUUUCAGCUUCUUUUUAAGUUCAGUAGUCGGUAUCCUUUUGAUUCGCCUCAGGUCAUGUUUACUGGAGACAAUAUUCCUGUUCAUCCUCAUGUUUAUAGCAAUGGUCAUAUCUGUUUAUCCAUUCUAACAGAAGACUGGUCUCCAGCUCUCUCAGUGCAAUCUGUUUGUCUUAGCAUUAUUAGCAUGCUUUCCAGCUGCAAAGAAAAGAGGCGACCUCCGGAUAACUCAUUUUAUGUAAGAACAUGUAACAAGAAUCCAAAGAAAACAAAAUGGUGGUACCAUGAUGACACAUGUUGAUGCCACCAUUUUGUGACCCUCGUAGCAGAAGAUAGUCCUACUGAGAAAAUGAGCACUUUGAUCAUUCAGUCUUUGAACUUUAACCUUUGACUGGAAGUGACCUAUAGGCAAUGAAGACUACUUCCUUUGACUGCAUUUUUACUAGUGUGCAUUCUGGGCGCAUGUUGAUCGCUGGUUCAGUCCAUGCAACUGACAUGCUUUUAUUAGUCAUACAGUAUUAAUGCAGGUGUCCAGAAAUGUCAGAAUAAUUCCAUUAUUUUUAUUUUAAGCUUUUUGGAAGAAUUCCAGGUCUUCAUAUAUUGUGCAAUAACACUAAGCUCCUUGGCGGUUUUGGUGCAUCCAUUGCCGGCAAUGGACAUUGUACCAGGGAAAGGUUUUGCUCCUGCCACAAGAAAGAUCGAUGCAUGACAGAGCUUAUGAAAGUUUUGGAUAUAUUUGGAUUAUAAGCAAGGGAUUGACCAUUACCUUAAAAGCCACCCCAUUCUUUUAUAUUUGGAUUCUAUGCACUGUGAUCACAAAACUAGCAGCAUGAGUUAACGUGCUUAGCUGAAGGACUGUAAUAAGAUCAUUGCAUAUUUAUUAAAUUGUUUAUCUGCUGUCAAAUUGUUUUGACAUAGAAGGUUUUUCAAGUGACAUUGGCGGAGAGGUACAAUGUUAUCCCUAUGGUGAAAUAAAACUACUUUUUGUAUAUAGUUAUUCAUAUCUCUGAAGCAAAGGUAUGAGUAAUUUAGGGUAUGAGUGAUUUAAUCAAGAAUUUAUUUUGGAGAUAGGAGAGGAUGGCAGUGAUAUAACUGAACUUGCUGCAGUCCGUAAUUGGGCUUGUGAUUUCUACUUUAGAGCUUUUUCCAAAUAGAUUGCACACUGUUAUUUCCUGCUAGCCAUCAGCAUGAGCCCUACUGCCUACACCAAUAUUUCAUUUAUUUAUGUGUUUGAAAGCAAUCCAUAUAACAUUUUUCGUUUGCAUUCACUGUUUCUUUUGUUGUUGUAUGUCAUGUUUGAAUGUUACAAACAAUAUUUUGAUUGAAAAGCUUUGUCAGAAGAUAUUUUCAUGUAAAUUA